AUGGCACAGAGUGGAAACGGAGCAGCAUGUGACCGUGAUGCUACAUCACUUGGUACCGGACAAGAGCUGAGCUUUGAUGAUGACACACUGAAAGGUAAAGAUUCUUACAACUGUUAAUAGUGUAUCACCAAAAGGCCUUAACUAAGUAAACUAUGGAGAAAUGAAAUGAAAGUUACAGAAAAGGAAAAAAACGUCAAAAAUUUGAAAACAUUCAAUAUACGGAAGUGGUUAAAGAGUAAAAGUCGUCAAAAAUUAUCUCUACUGAAGGUGGUUUUUUAAUUUGUUUAUCUAGAUUAGGGUUUUUGCAGAAUUUGUGGUCGACGAAUUCCUUUAUUUCGCGGAUUCACCGUUAUAUACAGAACUCACCCUGCAAGUGUGAUUCCUAUUUUCUCCUUGACACGAAAGAUGCACACGUACCGCAUAACGAUUUAGUAGUGUUCUCUGGAGCGACAAAGUUAAUGCAUUUCUGGCUUUUUUUGGCAUUUUUAAACUUCAGAAAGUGAGUAACUGAAGGACCAAAUUUGCCACUGUUUCACAAGUCUGUGACCAAUGUCAGUCAUGUCAUGGUUAUCGCCAUUUAUGAGUUAACAAGUGACACCAUUUGCCUAUCCGAGGAAUAAAUGAUCUCUGUCACAUUUUUGUUUUAAUCUGUAGCAAAGAGACGAAGGCGGAAAUGAACACAAAAAAAGUGUACACACAAUAGUCCGCAUUGUACUCUUAUCUUUUGUACUCACAAUUAUAAUUCCCCUUUUAUUUUUUUAUACUAAAGCAAGUUUUGUUCCAAAAGGGUUAUUCCGGAUUUCAAGAGACGUGAAUGAUCGAAUGCGGAAAAAAAUCAAAUCCUCCAAAAUUCCCUGAACCAAAACUUAACCCCCAAAAUAAUCCUAUACAGAAGUACGCACCACCAAGAUUCUUCAGUUUAAGUCAAGCAAACUAAAAAAAUACAUGCCAAAUUUUCCUACCCCAAAAGAAUCUCGGCUUCGAAAAUUUCAAACCCAAAAAGUCCUUCGAUGAUCGCCGUCACUAAAAUUCGGGAGUACCUCCACUGGGGUUUCGUUCCACCCCAAAUUUCUUUAUCGAACGUUUUGCUUAUGACGCACUUCAUAACCGCAAAACAGAUUGUCGAAAACGAAGCUGAAUCGGAGAGACUUACAAGUAAAAAGGAAACAACUACGAAUGGUAAAAGAACCAAGUAUCUUCUAUUUUUUGGAAACCGAAAGACACGCAACUGGAAAGCGAAGCACCCUCAACUCCAGUGAAAAGGCCCGCAAUAAUCUAAAAUGGGUCAGUCACUUUGAAGUGUGACCAUCCCCUUUGGGCAUUUGCCUUGCCUCUAGGUACUCUUACCCACCGUGGGGUAUUUGGAAUCAAAUGUUUGUCUCGGGGAGGGGAGAGUAUAGAAGAGUUUUACAUUUUUAGCGUCUUACAUUGAGAAAUUUUGCGGUAUUGUGGUGUUUGGCAAAUUUAAUUUUCAUGCGGUAGUUAUGUAAUUGUAGUCUUGAAUUCUGAUAUUGUGGUAUUUUUAAACAUGUGGAUUUUUUUUGUUAUUGGCUCAGCGAUUUUUAGCAUGGUUGAAGUUGUCGAAUUUUUCGAUUUUUCUUUUCGGGGUUACGGAGUUCAGUAUACCCCUAGCCGCUCCAAUAGCCGCUCCAGUCUUAAUUUUUGAGCAUGCGUAUACUUCCACUACCAAACAAUUUUCAUAUGGUAAUUUGUUAUGCGGUUGAAGACCGUCGUUGAACCCAUCAGCAGAAACAUUUAGAAAGGCUGCAUUUAUAUUAACGGAUACAGAAAUCCUAUGGUGCAACCACAGCACCUUCACAUAUUAUUAUGAACAUGAUGAUGAUGAUGAUUAUUAUUGGAAAAGGUUAUUUUAGUGUUAAUCCAUACUUAAAUUUUGCUAGUUUGUAAGUUAGAAAAGUGUUGUUGUCGGUGUUGUCAUAGCCGCCAAAUAUCUUUAAGUAGCAAACGGGAUUUAUCUAAUUAACAUUGUUUUUAUCAGGAACUUUUGUAAACAAAGUAUUAUCAAUAACGAAAGCUGUUGCAUUUUAUGACUAUUAUCGUCUUAAGUCCUAUAAAGCUGUGAUAUACAAAUAAACUUAUCCAAGUUUCACUUAAUUGGACCAAAAAGAAAUAAUGUGGUAUUUAAGGGUCAUUGUAAUGAUGACACAUUGCUGCAAUUAACUCCCGAUUCUGUUUUUAAAUAUGGUUCUGUCACGAUUUACUGAAGUGGCACUGUAACUCGCCGCUACUAAAUGGAUUGACUACGUAACAAAAAAGUAAAUAAUUGUCAAAAACAUCGCUCUGAAUCUGAAGAUGAAUCAGCUACCGAGGUUGCCGAAACGUGAAUUCGCAAUGGUUUGUUACUAGGGUGGCCUGAGCCGUGAGUGGGCCAAUGAAUUCUAAAAAGCAGUUUCACUCUUGAUCGAAAGUGCAAUACAAGUUUGAUUCAGAUUACGUGUACUGUCCGGUUGUAUGAAAAUGACUUCGCCGAGCGUUUCAUGACUGCCUGCCACAAUAAUUGAUUUGUUUCAAUAAAAAUUUUAUUCUAAUGUAAGUUUACCACUUGUGGCAAAAUGAAUGGCUGUUUCGGUACCAGUGCUUAUACAAUUGAAGGUAAUAUUAAUUUACAGAUUUAUACUGAUUUUUCCAGAUCAAACCAUCAUGGCACAGAGUGGAAACGGAGCAGCAUGUGACCGUGAUGUUACAUCACUUGGUACCGGACAAGAGCUGAACUUUGAUGAUGACCCACUGAAAGGUAAAGAUUCUUACAACUGUUAAUAGUGUAUCACCAAAUGGCCUUUAACACAGCAAACUAAAAGGUGUUGUUGUCAGUGUGGUCAUAGCCGUCAAAUAUUUAUUAAGAGCAAACAGGAUUUAUCUAAUUAACAAUGUUUUUAUGAGGAAUUUUUAUCAACAAAGUAUUAUCAAUAUCGAAAGCUGUUGCAAAUCAUGGCUAUUAUCUUCUUAAGUCCCAUAAAGCUAUGAUAUACAAGUAAACUUAACCUAGUUUCACUUAAUUGGACCAAAAAGAAAUAAUAUGUUUUUUAAGAGUUAUUCUAAUGAUGGCACAUUGCUGCAAUUAACUCCUGAUUUUGUUUUUAAAUAUGGUUCUGUCACGCGUUACUGAAGUGGCACUGUAACUCGCUGCUACUAAAUGGAUUAACUACGUAACAAAAAAAUAAAUAAUUGAAGAAAAACAUCGCCCUGAAUCUGAAGAAUCAGCCACUGAGGUUGUCGAAACGUAGGUUCGCAAUGGUUGAUUACUAGGGUGGCCUCAGCCGUGAGUGGGCCAUUGAAUUCUGAAAGCAGUUUCACGUCUUGAUUGAAAGCGCAAAGGAAAACUGAAUCAGAUUACAUGACUGUCGCGCUUUUUAUGACUGCUUGCCACAGAAUUUUUUAAUUAAGUUGUUUCAAUAAAAGUUUUAUGCUAAUAUAAGUUUACCCCUUGUGGCUAAAUGAAUGGCUGUUUUGGUACCAGUGCUUAUACAAGUGACUUAAUAUUAAUUUAAAGCUUUAUUUAAUACUGAUUUUUACAGAUCAAACCAUAAUGGCACAGAACGGAAACGGAGCUGCAAGUGAGAGUGAUGUUACGUCACUUGGUACCGGACAAGAGCUGAACUUUGAUGAUGGCACAUUGAAAGGUGAAGAUUCUUGAAAUUGUUAAUAGUGUAUCACCAAAAGGCCUUUAAGGUGAUUCCUUAGUAAAAGAAUCUAACAUAGAUUGUAGAUGAAACUUGGUACACUCAUAUAACAAGUCAAGAGGUUGAUAAAAAAAGUAAUAAAAAGUGGGGGUCACGGGGCUUGUUUUGACGUCAGAAUGCUGACAAAUAUGGCUAUUUAGGACCCUUUGACAAAAACAGCGUGUAGCCCAAAAUUAGACAAAAAGGAGAGGUUUUUUCGAUGAUGCAUAUGGUAUCGCACAGGAUUUGACUUAAAUGUAUUGUUUAUCUACUUACGUACCAGAAAAAUGCCUCUUAAUACCCUUGUUUUUAAUAUACGCUCCAAAGCAGAAUUAAAUUGGACACGCGCUAUUCGACUCGUGAUAGCUCAAUCCGUACAAUUUAGUGAAAUUGCCAAAAAACCGAACAUAGAUUUGUGCCAAUUUUUUUUCUCAUCGAAAGGAAGCACUGUCAUCAUUAAAAUCAUGAAAUAAAAAAUGGGGGUCACCGUACUCGUUUUUGCGGUAGAGCUACAGGAAGUCUGCACCAAAUUGAUUUUCUCCGAUUUUUGAGAGAGGACUUGGGCGCGUUUCAAAAUGUCAUGUAUGUGAAAGGGGGAAGAAAGCAUUUAAAAAAUCCGUUUUUGCAGAAUUUACAUCGAGAUAUCUCAUUUAGGACAGAUUGUGAUAAAGAAAGUGUUUAAAUGAAAAUCAAAGAAAGAACAAGUUUAACAUCCACUAUCGAGGUUCUCCGUGAGGAAGUCGAACUCAGCAACACGCGCGCGUACUACUUCCGUUAUGCAAAUUCCCAACACACUGAGUCUCACCUCGGCAAGAAACAACCGCAAGCAAAAAUUUCCAAUAGCUUUUCUCUUCAGUAAACUUCAUUUUAAUAAUGUUACUGAGAUGCUUUUUUUCUUACGGCGGCCAUCUUGUUAUGGGCAGUAAGAGAUGCGCAGUGCACUUCCAGCGAAUCACCUUAACAUAGCACACUAAGGAGAAAUUAAAUAAAAGAUACAGAAAAGAAAAAAAAAACAUCAUUUGAAAACAUUCAACAUACAAAAGUGGUUAAAGAGUGAAAGUCGUUAAACAUUAUCUCUAGUGAAGGGGGUUUUUAAAUUUUUUAUCUAGAUUAGGCUUGUUUUAGAUUUCGUGGUCAACGAAUUACUUUCUCUCGCGGAUUCACCGUUGUAUCCAGCACUGCAUUAGCUCUCGGCAAGUACGACUCCUAUUUUCCCGCCAACCCGAAAGAUGCGCACGUACUGCGCAUAACGCUUAGUCAAAUGUAAUGCAUUUCAAGCUUUUUUGGCAGUUUUAGAGCUAACAAGUGAUACCAUAUGCCUAUCCGGGGAAUAAAUGAUCUCUGUCAUAUUUUUUGUUUUAAUCUAUAGCAAAGAGACGAAGACAGAAACUAACACAAAAAAAGUUGCACACAAUAGUCCGCAUUGUACUCUUAUCUUUUGUACUCACAAUUUUAAUUCACUAUUUAUUCUUUUUAUACCAUUGCAAGUUUCUUUCCAGAGGGUUAUUACGGAUUUCAAGAGACGUGAAUGAUCAUUCUGCCUUGGUCAAGCCAACUAAAAAAAUACUUGCCAAAUUUUCCUGCCCCAAAAGAAUCCUGGAAUCAAAAAUUUCAAACCCAACAAAUCCUUCGAUCAUCUCCGUUACCAAAAUUCCGGAGUACCUCCACUGUGGUUUCGUUCCACCCCAAAUUUCUUUAUCGAAAGUUUUCAUCAGGGCUUAUGACGUACUUAUAACCUCAAAACUGUCGAUUACGAUGCUGAAUCGUAGAUAUCUACAAGUUAAAAGGAAACAACCACGAAUGGGAAAAGAACCAAGUAUCCUCUAUUUUUUGGAAACCGAAAUACACUCACAUGGAAAACGAAGCACCAUCAACUCCGGUGAAAAUGCCUGAAAUAAACUACAAUGGCGUGGGGUAUUUGAAAUCAAACGUCUGCCUCGGGGAGGGGAGAGCAUGGUAGAGUUUUAAAUUUUUAGCUCCUUACAUUCAUGAGAAAUUUUACAGUCAUGUGUGGUGUUUGCCAAAUUUUCAUGCGGUACUUAUGUAAUUGUGGUCUUGAAUUCUGAUAUUGUGGCAUUACUAAACAAGCGGAAUUUUUUGUUUUUGGCUUGGUGAUUUUUAGCAUGGUUUUGUUGAAUUUGUCGAUUUUUCUUUGCGGUGUUACGGAGUUCGGUAUACCCCUACCCCCUGCAAUCUUAAUUUUCGAGCAUGCGUAUAAUUCUACUACAAGGCCGGCUUCGAUAGUGUGAUGUGGUGCCCAGUUGAGGGAGUAGAAGGCUUUUACUUUAGUGCCAAACAGUAAUCUUCCCAUGAUAAUUUGUUAUGCGGUUGAAGACCCUCGUUGAACCCACGAACAGAAACAAUUAGAAAGAAAUUUAUAAUAAUGGAGGCCGAAAUCGUAUACUGUAACCACAGCACCUUGACAUGGUAUCAUUUAUUAUUAUUACUCAUUAUUAUUAUGAUUAUGAUUAUAAUUAUUAGCAUCAUUAUGAUUAUGCUUAUGAUUAUUAUGAUUAUUAUUUGAAAAGGUUAUUUUAGUGUUAAUCCAAUCUUAAGUUUUUGUAAUUUGAAAGUAACAAAAGUGUUGUUGUCAAUGUGGUCAUAACCUUCAGAUAUCUAUAAGCAGCAAACGGGCCGGAUUUAUCUAAUUAACGAUGUUUUUAUAUCACGAAUUUCUAUCAACAAAGUAUUAUCAAUAACGAAAGCUGUUGCAAAUUACGACCAUUAUCUCCUUCAGUCCUUAAAAGCUUCAAGUAAACUUAAUCGAGUUUCACUUGGACCAAAAAGAAACAAUAUGUUUAUAAGGGUCAUUCUAAUGUUGGUACAUUGCUGCAAUUGACUCCUAAUUCUGUUUUCAAAUAUGAUUCUGUCACGCUUUACUGAGGUGGCACUGUAACUCGCUGCUACUACAUGGAUCGAUUACAUAACAAAAAAAUAAAUAAUAAUAAUAAUAAAAAAAAAACAUCGCUCUAAAUCUGAAGAUGAAUCAGCCACCGAGAUGGUCGAAACGUGAGUUGGCAAUGUUUGCGGUUACUAGGGUGGCCUGAGCGAGUGGGCUACUGAAUUCUGGAAAGCAGUUUCAUGUCUUGAUUGAAAGCGCAAUGGAAAACUGAAUCAGAUUAUGUGUACAGUCCUGUUGUAUGAAAAUGACUUCACCGCGAGUUUCAUGAAUGCCUGCCACAGAAUUUUGAUUGAUUUGUUUCAAUACAAGUUUUAUACUAAUGUGAGUUUACCACUUGUGGCCAAAUGAAUGGCUGUUUUGGUACCAGUGCUUAUACAAGUGAAGAUAAUAUUAGCUUAAAGCUUUAAAUAUAAUUGAUUUUUCCAGAUCAAACCAUUAUGGAACAGAGUGGAAACGGAGCAGCAUGUGACCGUGAUGUUACUUCACUUGGCACCGGACAAGAGCUGAACUUUGAUGAUGACACACUGAAAGGUAAAGAUUCUUACAACUGUUAACAGUGUAUCACCAAAAGGCCUUUAACACAGCAAACUAAGGAGAAAUGAAAUAAAAGACACAGAAAAGAAAAAAAACGUCAUUUGAAAACAUUCAACAUACGGAAGCAUAUGGUUAAAGAGUGAAAGUCGUUAAAGAUAGUCUCUACUGAAGGUGGUUUUUUAACUUUUUAUCUAGAUUAGGUUUUUUCUAGAAUUAGUGGCCGACGAAUUCUUUUAUCUUGCGGAUUCACCUUCAUAGAAAACACUGCAUUAGCUCCCCGCAAGUAUGAAAAGGAGUAUAAUUGGAAAAGAACCAAGUAUCCUUUAUUUUUUGAGGCACUUCAUAACCGUAAAACAGAUUGUCGAAAACAAAGCUGAAUCGGAGAGACCUACAAGUAAAAAGGAAACAACCACGAAUGGGAAAAGAACCAAGUAUCUUGUACUUUUUGGAAACAGAAAUACACGCAACUGGAAAACGAAGCGCCCUCAACUCCAGUGAAAAGGCCUGCAAUAAUCUAAAAUGGGUCAGUCACUUUGAAGUGUGACCAUCCCCUUUGGGCAUUUGCGCUCUAGGUACUCUUACCCACGAUGGGAUAUUUGGAAUCAAAUGUUUGUCUCGGGGAGGGGAGAGUAUAGAGGAGUUUUAUUAUUUUUAGCGUCUUAUAUUGAGAAAUUUUGCGGUAUUGUGGUAUUCGGCAAAUUUUCACGAGGUACCUUUUAUACCCCUAACCGCUCCAAUCUAAUUUUGCAUGAGUAUUCUUCUACUGCAAGACCAGCUUCGAUAGUGUGAUAUUGAGCCCAGUUGCGGUUGUCGAAAGCUUUUCACUUCAGUACCAAACAAUAUUUCCGUGAUAAUUUGUCAUGCGGUUGAACCCAUCAACAGAAACAAUUAGAAAGGCAUUUAUAAUAAUGGAUGCCGAAAUUCUAUGGUGCAACCACAGCACCUUCACAUAGUACCGUUUAUUACUAUCAUUAUUAUUAUUAUUAUUAUUAUUAUUAUUAUUACUAUCAUUAUUAUUACUAUUUGAAAAGGUUAUUUUAGUGUUAAUCCAAUCUUAAGAUUUGGCAGUUUAUCACGAAUUUUUAUCAACAAAGUAUUACUGAUCAAUAACGAAUUAAGAUUUUUACCUUAAGCAAAUUUUCAUGCGGUACUUAUGUAAUUGUAGUCUUGAAUUCUGAUAUUGUGGUAUUUUUAAACAUGCGGACUUUUUGUUAUUGGCUCGGCGCAGAUGAUGGCACAUUGAAAGGUGAAGAUUCUUACAACUGUUAAUAGUAUAUCACCAAAAGGCCUUUAAGGUGAUUCCUUAGUAAAAGAAUCUAACAUAGAUUGUAGAUGAAACUUGGUACACUGAUGAAACAAGUCAGGAAGAUGAUAAAAAAGUGACAAAAAGUGGGGGUCACGGGGCUUGUUUUGACGUCACAAUACUGACAAAUAUGGCUAUUUAGGACCCUUCAACAAAAACGGCGCGUAGACCAAAAUUAGACAAAAAGGAGAGGUUUUUUUGAUGAUGCAUAUGGUACCGCACAGAAUUUGACUUUAAUGUAUUGUUUAUCUACUUACGUACCAGAAAAAUGCCUUUUAAUGCCCUUGUUUUUAAUAUACGCUCCAACGUAGAAUUAAAUUGGACACGCGCUAUUCGACCCGUGAUAGCUCAAUCCGUACAAUUUAGUAAAAUUGCCAAAAAACUGAACAUAGAUUUGUGCCAAUUUUUUUUCUCAUCGAAAGGAAACACUGCCCUUAUUAAAAGCAUGAAAUAAAAAAUUGGGGUCACCGUACUCGUUUUUACAGAAUUUACAUCGAGAUAUCUCAAUUAGGACACAGUGUGAUAAAGAAAGCGUUUAAAUGAAAAUCAAAGAAAGAACAAGUUUAACAUCCACUAUCGAGGUUCUCCGUGAGGAAGUCGAACUCAGCAACACGCGCGCGUACUGCUUCCGUUAUGCACAUUCCCAACACACUGAGUCUCACCUCGGCAAGAAACAACCGCAAGCAAAAAUUUCCAAUAGCUUUUCUCUUCAGUAAACUGCAUUUUAAUAAUGUUACUGAGAUGCUCUUUUUUUACGGCGGCCAUCUUGUUAUGCGCAGUAAGAGAUGCGCAGUGCACUUCCAGCGAAUCACCUUAACAUAGCACACUAAGGAGAAAUUAAAUAAAAGAUACAGAAAAGAAAAAACAUCAUUUGAAAACAUUCAACAUACAAAAGUGGUUAAAGAGUAAAAGUCAUUAAACAUUAUCUCUAGUGAAGGUGGUUUUUAAAUUUUUUUAUCUAGAUAAGGCUUGUUUUAGAUUUCGUGGUCAACGAAUAUCUUUCUCUCGCGGAUUCACCGUUGUAUCCAGCACUGCAUUAGCUCUCGGCAAGUACGACUCCUAUUUUCCCGCUAACCCGAAAGAUGCGCACGUACUGCGCAUAACACUUCAGUAGUAUUCUCUAAAGCUACAAAUUUAAUACAUUUCAAGCUUUUUUGGUAUUUUUAACUUCAGAAAGUGAGUAACUGAAGGGCCACAUUUGCCACUGUUUCACAAGUCUGUGACCAAUGUCGUAGUCAUCGCCAUUUAUGAGAACUAACAAGUGACACCAUUUGCCCGUCCAGGGAAUAAAUGAUCUCUGUCAUAUUUUUUGUUUUAAUCUGUAGCAAAAAGACGAAGACGGAAAAGAACACAAAAAAAAGUUUCACACGAUAGUCCGCAUUGUACUCUUAUCUUUCGUCCUCACAAUUUUAAUUCACUAUUUUAUUUUUUUAUACCAUAGCAAGUUUCGUUCCCAAGGGUUAUUCCGCAUUUCAAGAGACGUGAAUGAUCAUUCUGUGUUGGUCAAGCCAAGUAAAAAAAUAAUUGCCAAAUUUUCUUACCCCAAAAGAAUCCUGGAAUCAAAAAUUUCAAACCCAACAAAUCCUUCGAUCAUCUCCGUCACUAAAAAUCCGGAGUACCUCCACUGGGGUCUCGUUCCACCCCAAAUUUCUUUAUCGAAAGUUUUCAUCAGUGCUUAUGAGGUAUUUCAUAACCGCAAAACAAAUUGUCGAAUACGAAGCUGAAUCGCAGAUAUCUACAAGUAAAAAGGAAACAACCACGAAUGGGAAAAGAACCAAGUAUCUUCUAUUUUCUGGAAACCAAAAUACACUCAACUGGAAAACGAAGCACCCUCAACUCCGGUGAAAAUGCCUGAAAUAGACUACAAUGGGGUGGGGUAUUUGGAAUCAAACGUCUGCAUCGGGGAGGGGAGAGUAUGGUAGAGUUUUAAAUUUUUAGCUCUUUACAUUUAGAAAUUUUACAGUAUUGUGGUAUUUGCCAAAUUUUCAUGCGGUACUUAUGUAAUUGUGGUCUUGAAUUCUGAUAUUGUGGCAUUACUAAACAAGCGGAAUUCUUUGUUUUUGGCUCGGUGAUUUUUAGCAUGGUUUUGUUGAAUUUGUCGAUUUUUCUUUGCGGUGUUACGGAGUUCGGUAUACCCCUACCCCCUGCAAUCUUAAUUUUCGAGCAUGCGUAUAAUUCUACUACAAGGCCGGCUUCGAUAGUGUGAUGUGGUGACCAGUUGCGGGUGUAGAAGAUUUUUACUCUAGUGCCAAACAGUAAUCUUCCCAUGAUAAUUUGUUAUGCGGUUGAAGACCCUCGUUGAACCCACGAACAGAAACAAUUAGAAAAAAAUUUAUAAUAAUGGAUGCCGAAAUCGUAUACUGUAACCACAGCACCUUGACAUGGUAUCAUUUAUUAUUAUUACUCAUUAUUAUUCUGAUUAUGAUUAUAAUUAUUAGCAUCAUUAUGAUUAUGUUUAUGAUUAUUAUGAUUCUUCUUUUAAAAAGUUAUUUUAGUGUUAAUCCAAUCUUAAGUUUUUGCAAGAGACUAUAAAGGGGACAGAGAGGGCAUCCCCCAUAUACACCCUAUUCCAUAGGUAAUUCGUCUCGAGUUAUUUUUAGAAUCGGGAUAAAGUUACCUCGCGCGAGGCGUGGAUGUUUCGUGGAGGUUUCGCUUGACCAAACGCCGUGCAAAACAUGUCGGGCGAGAGGCAAUGAAAGCGUAAAAAGAUCGAGAGCAUUCCUGAAUAUUGAAGCGAAAUGAGUCGGCGCUCACCUGGGAAAAAGGAAUCGCUGGACUCUUUGACAACCCGUGAAAUCAGUUUAACUCGAAGUUGUCGUAACCUCAGUGCUUUAAUAAAAUGAGAAAUUUCGCCGGUCUAUUGAAACCGGUCGUUUGUACAAUUUAGGGAGUUUAAGAUCCAACGACGCGGACGACAACUAGAACGUCAAAAAAACAAUAGGUUUAAUUAGCAAAACAACAACUUCGCACGUGCAACACACUUUUUUGUUCAUUUCUUUCCCGUUUUUGCACGACUACGACGUGAAAAUGCCUAAUUUCGCGUUUUAUGGAGGACGUAAAUAAGCAACGACGAAAUUUUAUUUCUCUUUCUGAGCUUGAAUAUGGUCCCUUGAAAUUCAGCUUUAGGAGGGUUCGCCUACAAUUGACAAAGUAAGUGGGUAGGAAUAAUCGCUAUAAAGACUGAAAAAAAUAAACAUCAAACCAGAAAUUGCUCUCUUCAAACUGUAAAUUAUAAAUGAUCCUGAGAGAAUAUUCAGUGUGUUAAGGAUUUCCCUGCUCUACUGUUAGCUCUAUACAAGAGAGGAAGGGCGAUUCUUUUUUAAUUUCGGUUUCGCUGACACAGCUUUCGCAGAAAUCUCGCUGUAGUCGUUUUCGUCGACAAAAGGAAUAGCAAAAUCGCUCUCCGCGUCUUCCCCCAUUUUGUUCUGCGUCAUUUCGUGAAGGACGCGUGGCUCUCAGCGUGGGUCAUCCACGCGGAACACAUUCGCGCUAUGUGAUUGGCUGUUGUCUAAUCCCCCUUGAGAUCUGUGGUGUUAAAAAUAACUCGAGACGAAUUACCUAUGGAAUAGGGUGUAUAUGGGGGAUGCCCUCCCUGUCCCCUUUAUAGUCUCUUGGUUUUUGUAAUUUGAAAGUAAAAAAGUGUUGUUGUCAAUGUGGUCAUAGCCUUCAAAUAUCUUUAAGUAGCAAACGGGAUUUAUCUAAUUAACAAUAUUUUUAUCAACAACUUUUAUCAACAAAGUAUUAUCAAUAACGAAAGCUGUUGCAAAUUACGACCAUUAUCUCCUUCAGUCCUUAAAAGCUUCAAGUAAACUUAAUCGAGUUUCACUUGGACCAAAAAGAAACAAUAUGUUUAUAAGGGUCAUUCUAAUGAUCACGGGCAGAUUGCUGCAAUUGACUCCUGAUUCUGUUUUCAAAUAUGGUUCUGUCACGCUUUACUGAGGUGGCACUAUAACUCGCUGCUACUACAUGGAUCGAUUACGUAACAAAAAAUAGAUAAUUAAAAAAAAGACAUCGCUCUAAAUCUGAAGAUGAAUCAGCCACCGAGAUUGUCGAAACGUGAGUUGAAAAUGGUUGGUUACUAGGGUGGCCUGAACGAGUUGGCUUCUGAAUUCUGGAAAGUAGUUUCAUGUCUUGAUUGAAAGCGCAAUGGAAAACUGAAUCAGAUUAUGUGUACAGUCCUGCUGUAUGAAAAUGACUUCACCGCGAGUUUCAUGACUGCCUGCCACAAAAUUUUGAUUGAUUUGUUUCAACAAAAGUUUUUAACUUAUGUGAGUUUACCACUUGUGGCAAAAUGAAUUGCUGUUUUGGUACCAGUGCUUAUACAGGUGAAGAUAAUAUUAGUUUAAAGCUUUAAAUAUACUUGAUUUUUCCAGAUCAAACCAUUAUGGCACAGAGUGGAAACGGAGCAGCAUGUGACCGUGAUGUUACGUCACUUGGUACCGGACAAGAGCUAAACUUUGAUGAUGACACACUGAAAGGUAAAGAUUCUUACAACUGUUGAAAGUGUAUCACUAAAAGGCCUUUAACAUAGCAAACUAAGGAGAAAUGAAAUAAAAGACAUAGAAAAGGAAAAAAGAAAAACGUUAUUUGAAAACAUUCAACAUACGGAAGUGUAUGGUUAAAGAGUGAAAGUCGUUAAACAUAAUCUCUACUGAAGGCGGUUUUUUAACUUUUUAUCUAGAUUAGGCUUUUUCUAGAAUUAGUAUAGGGGCCGACGAAUUCUUUUAUCUUGCGGAUUCACCGUUAUAGAAAACACUGCAUUAGCUCUCGGCAAGUAUGAAAAGGAGUAUAAUUGGAAAAGAACCAAGUAUCCUGUAUUUUUUGGAAACCGAAAUACACUAAACUGGAAAACAAAGCACCUUCAACUCCGGUGAAAGGGCCUGCAACCAACUAAAAUGGGUCAGUUGAUUUGAAUUGUGACCAUCUUCUUUGGGAAUUUGCGUUGCCUCUAGGUACUCGUACCUACGGUGGGACAUUUGGAAUCGAACGUCUGUCUCGGGCAGGGGAAAGUAUGGUAGAGUUUUACAUUUUCAGCGCCUUACAUUGAGAAAUUUUGCGGUAUUGUGGUAUUCGGCAAAUUUUCACGAGGUACCUUUUAUACCCCUAACCGCUCCAAUCUAAUUUUGCAUGAGUAUUCUUCUACUGCAAGACCAGCUUCGAUAGUGUGAUAUUGAGCCCAGUUGCGGUUGUCGAAAGCUUUUCACUUUACUACCAAACAAUAUUUCCGUGAUAAUUUGUCAUGCGGUUGAACCCAUCAACAGAAACAAUUAGAAAGGCAUUUAUAAUAAUGGAUGCCGAAAUUCUAUGGUGCAACCACAGCACCUUCACAUAGUACCGUUUAUUACUAUCAUUAUUAUUAUUAUUAUUAUUAUUAUUAUUAUUAUUAUUAUUAUUAUUAUUAUUAUUAUUAUUAUUAUAAUUACUAUCAUUAUUAUUACUAUUUGAAAAGGUUAUUUUAGUGUUAAUCCAAUCUUAAGAUUUGGCAGCUUAUCACGAAUUUUUAUCAACAAAGUAUUACUGAUCAAUAACGAAUUAAGAUUUUUACCUUAAGUUCUAAAAAGCUACAAGUAAUUUUAUUUCACUUGCACGAAAAUGCGAUAAUAUGUUUAUAAGGGUCAUUUUAAUGAUAGCACAUUGCUGCAAUUAACUCCUGAAUCUGUUUUCAAAUACUGACGACGGGGAUGGUUCUGUCACGCGUUACUGCAUGAAGUGGCACUGUAACUCCCUGUUACUAAGUCGAUUGACUACGUAACAAAAUUGUUUAUAACUGAAGAAAAGAACAUUGCUCUGAAUCUGAAGAUGAAUCAGCCACUGAGAUUGUCGAAACGUAAGUUGGUAAUGAUUGGUUACAAAGGUGGCCUGAGCGAGUGGACCACUGAAUUCUGGAAAGCAGUAUCACGUUUUGAUUGAAAGCGCAAUAGAAAAGUGAAUCAGAUUACAUGUACUGUCCUGUCUUUUUACUUAUUAGUUUCUAAGAAACAGACUGGGUUAUCAUAAUUAUACUUGUAAUGUUGGUAAAGCAUUCUAAUUACCGCGUUCUUGUGACAGCACCGUAGCCUUUAUUCAAUUCUUUUGCUUACAAAAGGUUAAACGGCUUCAAAGUUCAAAGGUUUAAAUAAUAUGGAAGAAAUUGAAGUUUAGAUUUGGAGUCCAGAGCUUAACAAAGUCAUCAAAAAAUGUUUGUUUAUUCACGGGCCUCUUGAUAGCACAAAAAUGGCAACUACAAUUGUGUACUCGUAGGCUACUUGCGAUCAGUCAGUUCAACGGCAUAGUUCUUCGUUCUAUUGAACAUAGGCACGUAUAACGUGCAUGAGCUAUCAUGGAUGCUUCAGUGUAACUGUACAAAUGUACCUUUUUAACCCUAAUUUUAGAGUGGUUUAUUGUUUGAAAUUGUCCGGAAAUUACGUAUUGCUGUACAUGAAAAUGAUGACAGAAACAAAAUCAUGAUGACAGCUGAAAACGCGAAAGUUACGCACAAGUUGUGUCUAUCCUCAUCGCUAUAGAAAACUUAUUAGUCCAUCCAGAAGGAUUAUAUGCUUCUGGUCCAUCACACUGCGACCGACAUACAAGGAUAUUGAUACACUAUAAGAACACCGACAAAUGAGCUAUUUUGAAUGGUAUAGGAAAGAAGAGGACGAGACUUAAAAAGUGUUUUCAACAUGCUUUAAUUUUACGACUUUAGGAACGAUAGCGUUUGCAAAGUGAAAACUGUUUGAGCUGGCGAUCACGUGGUGUGACCAAGGAUUAGCAGUAUCCUUUUACUCUAAGUUUUCCUCCAUAGCAGUUUCAUGUCUUGCUUAAAAGCGCAAUGGAAAACUGAAUCAGAUCACGUGUACUAUCCUAUUAUAUGAAAAUUACUUCACCGCGCGUUUCGUGACUCCCUGCCACAGAAUUUUGAUUGAUUUGUUUCAAUAAAAGUUUUAUACGAAUGUGAGUUUACCACUUGUGGCCAAAUGAAUGGCUGUUUUGGUACCAGUGCUUAUGCAAGUGAAGAUAGUAUUAAUGUAAAGCUUUAAAUAUACUUGAUUUUUCCAGAUCAAACCAUUAUGGCACAGAGUGGAAACGGAGCAGCAUGUGACCGCGAUGUUACAUCACUUGGUACCGGACAAGAGUUGAGCUUUGAAGACGACACACUGAAAGGUAAAGAUUCUUACAACUGUUAAUAGUGUAUCACCAAAAGGCCUUUAACAUAGCAAACUAAGGAGAAAUGAAAUAAAAGACAUAGAAAAGGAAAAAAAAAAGUCAUUUGAAAACAUUCAACAUACGGAAGUGUAUGGUUAAAGAGUGAAAGUCGUUAAACAUAAUCUCUACUGAAGGCGGUUUUUUUAACUUUUUAUCUCGAUCAGGCUUUUUCUAGAAUUAGUGGCCGACGAAUCCUUUUAUCUUGCGGAUUCACCGUUAUAGAAAACACUGCAUUAGCUCCCCGCAAGUAUGAAAAGGAGUAUAAUUGGAAAAGAACCAAGUAUCCUGUAUUUUUUGGAAACCGAAAUACACUCAACUGGAAAACAAAGCACCCUCAACUCCGGUGAAAGGGCCUGCAACCAACAAAAAUGGGCCAGUUAAUUUGAAGUCUUGAAUUUGCGUUGCUUCUAGGUACUCCUACCUACGGUGGAACAUUUGGAAUUAAACGUCUGUCUCGGGGAGGGCAGAGUAUGGUAGAGUUUUACAGUUUUAGCGCCUUACAUUGAGAAAUUUUGCGGUAUUGUCGUGUUCGUCAAAUUUUCACGAGAUACCUUUUAUACCCCUAGCCGCUCCAAUCUUAUUUUGCAUGCGUAUACUUCUACUGCAAGACCGGCUUCGAUAGUGUGAUGUUGAGCCCAGUUGCGGUAGUUGAAAGCUUUUCACUUUAGUACCAAACAAUAUUUCCAUGAUAAUUUGUUAUGCGGUUGAACCCAUCAACAGAAAAAAUAAGAAAGGCAUUUAUAAUAAUGGAUGCCAAAAUUCUAUGGUGCAUCCACAGCACCUUCACAUGGUACCAUUAUUAUUAUUAUUAUUAUUAUUAUUAUUAUUAUUAUUAUUAUUAUUAUUAUUAUUAUUAUUAUUAUUAUUAUUAUUAUUAUUAUUAUUAUCAUUUGAAAAUUUUAUUUUAGUGUUAAUCCAAUCUUAAGAUUUGGUAGUUUGUCACGAAUUUUUAUCAACAAAGCCGGUAUUACUGAUCAAUAACGAAUUAAGCUUUUUACCAUAAGUUCUAAAAAGCUACAAGUAAUUUUAUUUCACUUGCAUGAAAAUGAGAUAAUAUGUUUAUAAGGAUAAUUCUAAUGAUAGCACAUUGGUGCAAUUAACUCCUGAAUCUGUUUUCAAAUACACGCCGGGGAUGGUUCUGUCACGCGUUACUGAAGUGGGACUGUAACUCCCUGUUACUAAGUCGAUUGACUACGUAACAAAAUUAUUAUUUAGAACUGAAGAAAAAGAACAUUGCUCUGAAUCUAAAGAUGAAUCAGCCACCGAGAUUUUCGAAACGUAAGUUGGUAAUGGUUGGUUACAAAGGUGGCCUGAGCGAGUGGACCACUGAAUUCUGGAAAGCAGUAUCACGUUUUGAUUGAAAGCGCAAUAGAAAAGUGAAUCAGCUUACAUGUACUGUCCUGUGAUAUGAAAAUUACUUCACCGCGCGUUUCAUGACUGCCUGCCACAGAAUUUUGAUUGGCUUUUUUUUUUCGGCAAUAAAAGUCUGGAAAAUGAAGAAAUGAUCGUCGCAGUGAACGCAAUUUAUGCAAUUGCGUAAAGAAGCCUGAAAAAAAAUUCAGGACCUCAACGGGGUUUGAACCCGUGACCUAAUGUUAGUUUACCACUUGUGGCAAAAUGAAUGGUUGUUUUGGUACCAGAGCUUAUACAAGUGAAGAGAAUAUUAGUUUAAAGCCUUUUACUGAUUUCUUCAGGUCAAACCAUUAUGGUACAGAGUGGAAACGGAGAAGCAUGUGACCGUGAUGUUACGUCACUUGGUACCGGAAAAGAGCUGAACUUUGACGAUGACACAAUGAAAGGUAAAGAUUUUUACAACUGUUAACAGUGUAUCACCAAAAGGCCUUAAACAUUUGAAAACAUUCAACAUACGGAAGUGCAUGGUUAAAGAGUAAAAGUCGUUAAAUAGUUUCUCCACUGAAGGUGGUUUUUUAAUCUUUUAUCUAGAUUAAGCUUUUUCUGUAAUUUGUGGCCGGCGAGUUCUUUUAAGGCUUUUGGAUUCACCGUUAUAGACAGCACUGCAUUAGCUCCCGGCAAGUAUGAUUCCUAUUUUCCCGCCAAACCGAAAGAUGCACACGUACCACAUAACGCCUUAGUAGUACGUGUUCCUUCUGGAGCUACCUAUUUAAUGCAUUUCAAGCUUUUUCGAAAUUUUUAACUUCAGAAAGUGAGUAAUUGAACGAGCAAAUUUGCCACUCUCUGUAACUAAUGUCAUUGUCAACGCCAUUUAUGAGUUAAUAAGUGACACCAUUUGCCUGACCGGGGAAAAAAUGAUCUCUGUCAUUUGUUUUUUAAUCGCCACUUGUAGCAAAGAGAUGAAGAUGGAAAUGAACACAAAAAAUAUUUGGAUACGGUAGUCCCGUGUUGUACUUUUAUCCUACUCACAAUUAUAAUUCACCAUUUUAUUUUUGUUUUCUUUCUUUAUUUUUUCUAUCACUCUUCCUGUCGAAAGGAUCAGUUCACGAUUCAAGCUCUCGCGUCGAGGAUACUGUACUGACAUUGAAAAUAAACCUACGAACCAAAUUUGGAACACUUAUAAAGCCCAUGUUCAGUAGUUUUGAUGUAGUUAUUUUUCGAUUUAAUGGCAUAAUAAAACAACCUGCUUUAUUUUUAGCAAUAGCUGAAGUCUACACAACCGAAGGCAAUGAAGCAUGCUUAAAGGAAGAUUACAGUAACGCCGGUUACUUUUAUACUGAGGGAGUUAAAGUAAACGGCAAGGACGAAGACCUAGCAGUAUCCUUUUACUCUAAGUAUUCCUCCAUAGCUGAAAGAUGAUUUAUUUUCACAACUUGUUAUACACCUGCACUUCCGUUACGAUCUGGUUACCAUUUUUAUCGACUAACGGUUCGGUGCUUAUUUGAGGGCGGUGCUUAUCUAAACUUCUUCUGCGAAUUACACAGAAGUACGUGAUAUUUUCUUAGUAUUUCUUUGUUUUGCUCAUGAGCGACCCCCAAAACACAAACGUUAUUUCUAAUAAAAGUGAGUUUUUAAAAAGUCUGUGUAGCAAUAACAGUGACAGCAAUAUUAACAAGAGAGGAUUAUCCUCUCUUUAACUAUGUUGCUGGGAGCUUGCUGCGUUUACUACAGUCAUACCUGUAUCGUCUGUCACCCUUAAGAUAUGGGCGACCGCUAUAUAUAAGUUUCCUGUAAACUAAACUGGAUGUUGAGUUCGUCCAACGUUUGUAGCUAUAGUUUCCUCCAUUCGAUUGCCAUGAAAUGGCUAAUUGAUUUGACGAUUUCGCUAGAAUUCAUUUUUCCGUGUACUUUGGAGGACACACAGCAAAGUUUGCUGCAUGAUUUGAUCGUAAUCCUAUUUGUUGACCUUUAUACACAGGUAAAAAAUAAUGCAAUCGUGCAUUUUGGGAGUCUAAAGGGGGCCGGACCGCAUUCGUUUUAGAGAGGUGACCGCUCUACACAGAUCAACUUUCGGAGAGUUGUCCAGUAGCCGUAGUAUAUAGGGUGACCGAUACAUACAGGGCCAUAAUAUACAGGUUUGACCGUUUUCUUUUUUUUGCUUCUAAACAGGCUGCUCAUAAGGCGCAACGCUCUGACCGAUUUAACACGGUACACGUUCUUUUUAAAACAUUUUUGCUUUCCAAGCCAAAAAGGGGGGGGGUGUAUCUUUUUGUUUUCACCUUGUUGUAUAUGAUUUGAUACAACCCCGUGGUGGACUAGAAUCACAACAAGAUGAGAUAAGUUAAUUAUAUUCCACCUACUGCAAGCAUUCUUAACUUCAACUUAAUUUCGAUAUUAUUUACACCUUAACAAUUUGAAAAGAUCGACACGGAAAACACCACGUUGCUUGAACUAAGAAAACUGGCGUUGAACUGCGUAAAUAAAACGACGAGUAGAAGAGCCGUGGAGAACGAGGUAUUUUGUUUUAUUUCUUAUAUAAAAGGGCAUUUUGAAUCGUUUUGCCUUUAAAUUGUCGAAGUGACAUACAUAUUACAUAUUAAUACUUUUUGCUGAUGAUACCAUAUGGUUGACUCUAAUAGAAGAGAUUCCAUCGAUACCACCAUUCGUUCCUUUUCGGCGAAUGUUAAAUACAGUCGAAUGGCUGGUUCGUCUUUCUUGCAUUGAACUCAGCUGUUUCGAUUCAACCAAUGAUCAGUGAUGAUGGAGCUCGAAAAGGUUAUAUAUGAGAUUUCAAGGGUUUGAAUUAAUGUUGAUGGAAGUUAAUGUCUAUUUUCUAUCCACAUAUACAGCAUUCCCUAAUUAAAAUAAAUAUUAGUUCAUAACUACUAGAAAAGACAUAGUGUCCGAAAAAUAGUUUCCUUAAAGAAACUUUAGGAGCUUUCCAUUCAAACAAAACGUCAGCUUGCUGGAAUUUUCGGCAUUUUCCCGUAGCAAAUAGAACAGCAUCUUUAAAAACUUCCAAAAAAGAGGACAACCUCGCGAGGUAUACCCAAUUUUUUUCCCGGAAGUUUUCUUUCCAUUCAUUUUUGCUUCGGGGAUUUCUAGGCCGAAUUUUCCUUUGAAUGGUUCGCAUUUCGGAAAUUCAACAGUUUCGACAAUUUCUGGAAACAUGUCCUGGAAAUUUCUGUACCAUUUGCCUCUGUUUUCAAAUUUUCGAAAGGUUUGGUUGAAUGGAAGGCCCCCUUGAUUCUCUGUGCGAUAACUUUCAUAGUCGAGAAAAUAAAUGAACGGGGAGUCAAGGCGGACUGGUCAAAUAUCAGCUCUUGUAGUAUCCGUUUAAGAAAUACAGUUCAUCAGUAAUACCCCUAUACUUGAGAGAGCAGGAGACACUCUGGUACUCUAAUACUCAGAAACUUGCUGUCCGAGCUAUAUUAUGUGCUAAUCUGUUUUCAGAACCACAAUCUCACGCAAGUAAUAAUAGUGGGAUUUUGUAUUGCUGGGGAUUUGGCUGCAGCAGUAUUAGCGGGAGUCGUCCAAAAUCUCGACGUUAAAUCCGCUAGAAAAGAGUUGACUGUUCGUAUUGCGACAAAAAAUCUUGCCGGCUAUUUUCUUCCUCACGAAGGGUAUAACUUUACAUUAAAAACAUCUUCUAUACCAUAACUUGCUUCAAAAGAGGGUUUGUUUUACAUAUUUUAUAGGCAUGCCCAGGAAGUAAAGGUAAACAUGGAAAACCCGACCAAACUUCCAAAACGAAUUGGUUGUACAGUAAUCACCUUGGACUGAAAGCUUCAAAACGCGGUGAUUUUAAAAUAGCCCGGGAUUACUUCGAGAUGUCAUUGAAUGAAGCCAAACAGAUCCGGAACAAAGACGCAGAAGGAGUUAGCUAUAACAACCUUGGCGAAGCAUAUCUGUCUCUCAGUGAUUUCAAAAAAGCAAUCGAGUUUUAUCAGCUGGCUCUAAAAAUCGCAAAAGAUACUGGAAACAAAGAUCAAGAAGCAAGUAUAUAUAACAACCUUGGCCUUGCCUAUCAGUCUCUCAGCGAGUUCAAAAAAGCAAUCGAGUUUUAUCAGCUGGCUCUAAAAAUCGCAAAAGAUACUGGAAACAAAGAUCAAGAAGCAACUACAUAUAAAAACCUUGGCAGUGCCUAUCAGUCUCUCAGUGAUUUCAAAAAAGCAAUCGAGUUUCAUCAGCUGGCUCUAAGAAUCGCAAAAGAUACUGGAAACAAAGAUCAAGAAGGAUCUAUAUAUACCAACCUUGGCAGUGCCUAUCAGUCUCUCAGUGAUUUCAAAAAAGCAAUCGAGUUUUAUCAGCUGGCUCUAAGAAUCGCAAAAGAUACUGGAAACAAAGAUCAAGAAGGAUCUAUAUAUACCAACCUUGGCCGUGCCUAUCAGUCUCUCAGUGAUUUCAAAAAAGUAAUCGAGUUUCAUCAGCUGGCUCUAAGAAUCGCUAAAGACACUGGCGACAAAGAUCAAGAAGCAAAUAUAUAUAACAACCUUGGCAGUGCCCAUCAGUCUCUCAGCGAUUUCAAAAAAGCAAUCGAGUUUUAUCAGCUGGCUCUAAAAAUCGCAAAAGAUACUGGAAACAAAGAUCAAGAAGCAAGUAUAUAUAACAACCUUGGCAGUGCCUAUCAGUCUCUCAGUGAUUUCAAAAAAGCAAUCGAGUUUUAUCAGCUGGCUCUAAAAAUCGCAAAAGAUACUGGAAACAAAGAUCAAGAAGGAACUAUAUAUAACAACCUUGGCCUUGCCUAUCAGUCUCUCAGCGAGUUCAAAAAAGCAAUCGAGUUUUAUCAGCUGGCUCUAAAAAUCGCAAAAGAUACUGGAAACAAAGAUCAAGAAGCAACUACAUAUAAAAACCUUGGCAGUGCCUAUCAGUCUCUCAGUGAUUUCAAAAAAGCAAUCGAGUUUCAUCAGCUGGCUCUAAGAAUCGCAAAAGAUACUGGAAACAAAGAUCAAGAAGGAUCUAUAUAUACCAACCUUGGCAGUGCCUAUCAGUCUCUCAGUGAUUUCAAAAAAGCAAUCGAGUUUUAUCAGCUGGCUCUAAGAAUCGCAAAAGAUACUGGAAACAAAGAUCAAGAAGGAUCUAUAUAUACCAACCUUGGCCGUGCCUAUCAGUCUCUCAGUGAUUUCAAAAAAGUAAUCGAGUUUCAUCAGCUGGCUCUAAGAAUCGCUAAAGACACUGGCGACAAAGAUCAAGAAGCAAAUAUAUAUAACAACCUUGGCAGUGCCCAUCAGUCUCUCAGCGAUUUCAAAAAAGCAAUCGAGUUCUAUCAGCUGGCUCUAAAAAUCGCAAAAGAUACUGGAAACAAAGAUGGAGAAGCAAGUACAUAUAACAACCUUGGCAGUGCCUAUCAGUCUCUCAGCGAUUUCAAAAAAGCAAUCGAGUUCUAUCAGCUGGCUCUAAGAAUCGCGAUAGAUACUGGAAACAAAGAUCAAGAAGGAUCUAUAUAUAACAACCUUGGCAGUGCCUAUCAGUCUCUCAGCGAUUUCAAAAAAGCAAUCGAGUUCUAUCAGCUGGCUCUAAAAAUCGCAAAAGAUACUGGAAACAAAGAUGGAGAAGCAAGUACAUAUAACAACCUUGGCCUUGCCUAUCAGUCUCUCAGCGAUUUCAAAAAAGCAAUCGAGAUUUCUCAGCUGGCUCUAAAAAUCGCAAAAGAUACUGGAAACAAAGAUGGAGAAGCAAGUAUAUAUAACAACCUUGGCACUGCCUAUGAUUCUCUCAGUGAUUUCCAAAAAGCAAUCGAGUUUUAUCAGCUGGCUCUAAAAAUCGCAAAAGAUACUGGAAACAAAGAUCAAGAAGCAAGUACAUAUAACAAUCUUGGCAAUGCCUGUCAGUCUCUCCAUAAAAAAGAAAAAGCAAUCGAGUUUCAUCAGCUGGCACUAAAAAUCGCAAAAGAUACUGGAAACAAAUAUCAACAAGGUGCUAUAUAUAAAAGCGUUGGCUGCGUCUAUCAGUCUCUCGGUGAUUUGGAAAAAGCGAUCGAGUGUUAUCAGCUGAGUCUAAGAAUGGCGAAAGAUACUGGAGACAAAAAUGGAGAAGGAACUACAUACAUCAACUUCGCUGGUGUCUAUGCGCAUCUCAGGGAUUUCAAGAAAGCAAUGGAAAAUUAUCAGUUAGCCAUAAGUAUAGCAAACGAGACUGGAAACAAAGAUGCAGAACAACGUGGAUAUGAUAACCUUGCUUGUGUUCUUUGGUUUCUUGGCGACUACUUCAAAGCCGAGCAGUGUUUUAAAUCCUGUAUUGAACUGGUAGAGGAAAUGAGAGUCCUCCUUCAAGGAAACGACGAGUGGAAAAUCGCCUUUCGGAAUGAACGUGAUUGCGUUAGUCGUUUAGUGAGACUGCAAUUACAACAACGCACUGAACGUAAGACACUCGAGGCGCUUUUAACAGCUGAGAGGGGACGUGCAGAAGCUCUCGUGGACCUCUUGGAAUCGCAAUAUGGCGUCAGGAAAUCGAUUUGUUCGUUGUCGAAACAGCAGACGGAACUUAUCAUUUCAAAACAUAUUUCGUCACCCACGUUAUUUCUAAUGAAUGAUACCCAGUCAGUGAAUAUCUGGAUGCUGUUAAAGGGGGGAAAGCAGUGUGGGUUUGUGCAACAGGGAGUCAGUAAUGACUUGACAUCAAUGACAUACCAAACCUACAAACAGAUUGGUGUGAACAAAAGCCUGUGGAAAAAGAUUCUCUCCCGGAAAGAGAUUGAAGACCAGGGUGGUGCUUUAAAAGUAUUGUACGACAUGAUUAUCGCCCCAUUUUCACACUCGAUAGAAGGUGAUGAACUCGUCAUUGUCCCUGACGGUUCAUCAUUCUUAAUUCCUUAUGCUGCCCUUGUGGACCAAAAUUCCAGGUAUUUAUCUGAAACGCUUAGAAUUAGAUUGGUUCCAUCACUGACAACCUUGAGGCUGCUGGCAGAAUGUCCGGAGGGCCGCCAUAGUACAUCGGGGGCUCUACUUGUUGGCAACCCGUGGGUGGAAACUGUACGCAUCAAAGGCUGCAGACCGUUUUCGCAGCUUCCAGGUGCUGAGGAAGAGGUAAAAAUGAUUGAACAAAUUCUAAACAUCGAGCCUCUCACCGGAAAGAACGCUACAAAAGAUCGGGUCUUAAGCGGGCUCAACUCAGUUUCGUUAGUGCACAUAGCAGCACGUGGCCGUGCAGAAACCGGAGAAAUUAUUUUGUCUCCUAAUUUUCCUAGUGCCAAAAGACCUAAAGAGAAAGAUUUUCUUUUGACGAUGGCAGAUGUGUUGGAUGCAAAAGUGCACGCCAAGCUUGUUGUCUUGAGCUACUGCAACAGUGGUCGAGGAAAGGUCAAAGUAGAAGGCGUGGUUGGUAUUGCACGUGCCUUUUUAGGAGCCGGUGCACGUUCUGUUAUUGCGACGCUGUGGCACAUUGACGAAGAAGCCACUCUUGCAUUUAUGAGACACUUUUACGAACAUUUAGUAGCAGGGCAAAGUGCAAGUAAGUCACUUCAUCAGGCCAUGAAAAGGAUGCGGGAGUCGGAAAAAUUCAAUGCCGUGAAGCACUGGGCGCCAUUCGUUCUGAUUGGUGAUGACGUGACAUUGAAUUUUGGCCAAUGA